CGGGUCAAUUUAGCAGCAGAAAAAUGUCGUCGUCAACGACGAGCCGUCACAAAAGCGAUUCCGCAGUCUAUGACAUUGCAGACCUCCAACAUUUAAAACACUAACGACUCUCCUUGGCAUUGCCUUAAGCACAUACGGCUUGCUGAAUCUCGCCUGUUUAUUACUCUCGCAAAUACCUCGUCUCUAUUUCUCCUCCCCCCCCCCCCAAAUGAUUCAAGUUUUUGCGGUAACUUGAUCCCGAUUGCGCUAAAUCGCACGCGUCUAGCUAUCUCGAUGCGAGAGCUAUGAGACACCACACAUAGCCGACAAUCAUUCAAUCUGUCUUCCCAUCUUUGCCGAACGCCCCUUUCGCGGGCUUCCGCGCGAAUACCCAGCAGAACCACACGAUGGAGUCACGAUAACAUCUUCGUGGGCCGGGGGGCCAGUAAGCGCCUGUCCGCCGUAGCAGUAGCGAGCCAUGGAAUUUUCCAUUUAGAUCCUCCCAUGUACUCGCCUCCGUCCAUGAAGUGGACCAGGAACACGCCAAACACCAGCACAAAUAUCCCCUUUUACAGACCACCGCCGGUAGUGCUGCCACCCGAUAUUCGCGAGGAGUCGAGACCGGCAGAGAAGGUCAGAAUGACUUUGCCCGCCGAAGGCUCGGAAGAGUACCAAGAAGUCCUGGCUUCUCUCAGGUUGUCAGAUAAGAUUCAUAUCAUGGGCUUCACCAGAGAAGCCCGCUAUAUCACAUACUGUCUGGCAGGCACUCCCGAGCUGCCACCAGCUCAGCUGUUGGCGCAACAUCCAAACAUAUUGACCAAAUGGGGUCGGGAAGGACGGCAAUUGACGGUGUAUACACCAAAGGGACCCAUGCCUUCUCGCGAUGUCAUUAUGCCCAAGUAUAUAGGACCACCGCGUGGAACCUCGCGAAAUGCCACCGAAUUCACCAGGCUACAACAUAUUAGUAACCUGCUAAUCAGUACCUUUGAUGGUUCAAUAUACACCACUCUGUUACACAUGCGGGAUUAUAUCGAUCAAGACACCACAAUAUGUCUUCUCAAUGAAGGACUCGGCGUGGUGGAGCAUUUGAAUGAGGGUAUUUUCACCGACCCAGACACUCGACCGAACUAUGUCUUGGGCCACGUGGAUUACAUGCUAGCAACAAAACGACAGAUUGGUGAUUUUUCGAUGGAUCUCAAGGCACCCGGGAAGAUGUACCUCACAGCACUGCCGAGAGAAUCACCAGGCGAGUCUCUGGUGUCAACUCGGCCUCGCGUCGUCGGCCGUGCGCGAGCACAACAUUUGAUCAAGCUGUUGUGCCAGACUCCUGGCUUGGACGCAGGUGGCUUUCCAAUGUCCUUGUUUCUCCGCCAGAAACUCCCCUCCAUGGUUUUUUCGUCACUUACGGACGCAAUUUCUGUGGCGUUGGGUUGCCAGUACGACCGCAUCAGUACCAGUCCGUACGCUGUGGGGUUGUGGCAUGAUCUGCUCGACGAAACGGUGACUGUUAUUGCUUCCCUCCCCGAGUUUAAGGAGCAUCCAGAUGCGCUUGAAUAUUUUACCGGACGACGCUUCAAAGACGACCUUUUCGCAAAACUAAGGAACAAACGAGGCGCCAGCACAUGGAUCGCUCGGGUUCGGACGGGAAUGCAACUGCCAAUGCCAUAUCUAAAUGGGUGGUUUGUCAAGAAGGCGAAGGAGAAUGGUGUGCCCCAUUCAGCUCACAACACGCUCAUGUCGAUGGUUCGAACGAGACACGAGGCUAGAAUGGAAGAGCUCAAGGGCCAGAUCCCCAUGUACGUGUAUAAGACGGACGGUGACCUGACUAACCCCGAUGAAGACGGGCAGAACAUGGUGCCCAUUCGCUAUGUAUAUAUAACGAAAAACAAAUAGACCAAGGGCUCCUCAAUUGUUUAGACGGCGUCAUCAAGAGGGGUUUGGAAAUACUCAAAACUGCUCACGUACGUUUGUAGAAGAUAAUGCCUUACUUUUAGC